AUGGCUGACAUGUACCGGGCCAAAGACCGUGGUAAAUCUCUUGCAAUAGCAUCGUUCAUCCCAUACUUUGGCCCCGCGCUAGGCCCCAUCGUUGGCGGGCUUGUGUCGGAUCAUAUCGAGUGGCGGUGGCUGUUCUGGAUAUUGUCCAUAUUCUCAGCAGCAAACACUUUCGUCGCAUACUUCUUGGUACAUGAGACCUACACGCCGAUCUUGCUUCAGCGCAGACUUAAAAGUCGAUUCCCGAGCAGCCGCAGUUGCUUCGAUCAGCCCGGGACCGGAGUUGUCCACAGGGGGCUUUCCAAGGGACUAUCCAUCCAUCUUCUCAGACCGAUGAUAAUCCUAACCAGUCGUCCAAUCAUCCUGAUUAUAUCAUGGAUUUGGGCAAUCAGCUUCGGUCUCUACGUGCUCGUUCUCUCGUCAUUUGCCAGCCUUUGGAUGGACAAAUACGGCCAAUCACAAACCCAAAGUACGCUCAACUACAUUGCUCUAGCCAUCGGCAUCACAAUCUCUUCGCAGGCUGGAGGUCCACUCAUGGACUACAUUUUCCGACGUCUCCGAGACAUAUCCAAUGGCGAGACAACUCCGGAGUUUCGAGUGCCCUACCUCAUCAUUGGUGUCAUUCUCCUCCCCGUAGGUUUGUUCUGGUAUGGAUGGGCGGCAGGGAGGGGCAUGCAUUGGGCUUUCGUGGAUGUCGGCGCCGCUAUCUUUACUUGCGGAACGUUCAUCACGGGUUCUGCAAUAAACGCUUACUUGAUUGAUGAGUUCAAACAUGCUGCAUCGGCAAGCGCGGCAGCACGUAUGCUGUCCAAUGUGUUUGGUUUCGCUUUCCCCAUCUUCGCCCCACAACUGUUUAGCAGGCUCGGAUACGGCUGGGGCAAUAGUCUGCUGGCAUUUGUGUUCAUAGGAGUUGGACUGCCAUGCCCCGUCGUACUUUGGAUCUGGGGCGCAAAGAUACGGGCUCUAGGGCGAGGAGCUCAAGAUUGA